AUGCCUACUGUUUUAUCCAAACUUGCCGAUUAUUUUACAUCGCCUUACGCUUCGUCUAAGGUUAAUGUUGCACAAAUACGAAAGUUAAUUGAACAUGUUUUAAAAGUAUAUAAAAACAAUAGAACAUUACUUGGUAGAACAAUAUGGUUUGUAUCUAUCUACCUACUUUACCUUCGAAAAAUCGGUAGCUCCAAAAAAAGACCCGCAGGGAUACCUACCACAGAGGAAACAGCAAGAAAGAAAAAAAGAGUUGAGGUGGAUACUAUAUUUUUUGAGAGAUUAAAAAAAAUACUUAAAAUUGUUAUUCCCGGGUUAAGGUCAAAAGAAUUAUGGUUAUUGAUUGUUCAUUCGGGGUUUUUGGUCUUCCGGACUAUAUUGUCAGUUUAUGUCGCUGCAUUAGAUGGAAGGAUCGUUAGUGCCUUGGUGCGAGGUAAUGCAAAGGACUUUUUAACGGGUAUUGUGUGGUGGAUGAUUGUUGCAAUACCGGCAACAUAUACAAACAGCAUGGUAAUCAACGGUUCAUCGAAAUGA